AAACCACAUCAAAGCUGACAUCAUUUCAUGAGCUCAUGAAGGUAUGUUCCUGCAGCAACACAAAACACAAAACAUUACUUCUGAGAUUUUAAGAAAGACGUUUCAUACACCUCUUUGAUCAUCUUCACUUUUAAAAAAGGAAGCCACUCGCAUCGACAACAGAUGAGAGUUACAUCGUGUUCUCUUCCUCUCUGAGCGAAGAGAUCAUCUGUGGCAAUGCCUUAAUGUUUGUCUUGCUAUAACUGCGACCAUAUUAACUACUGUUGCCACCAUUUCGUGAAGAUGGAACAAAGUUUUUCUGAUCUACUUAGUGAUGCGUUUUCAGAAACAUCUGUUCCAUCAUUCCCUGAUGGGGAUUUGGACUUUGAGAAUUUAAAUUUUGAUGAAAGAUUUGAGGACAAAACAGACAUCUCUCAUGAAAACUUAACAACAAAGGAAGAAGAGGCUCUGCAACAGGAAGCAAUGCUUCAAACUGCAGUUCUGUCUGACAUGGAAACUAGAGAUAUUUACAUGGCUGAAAAUGUGGAUGAAGAGCAGUCUGAUGAGGAGGGUUUUCAAGGUGUACGGGUCAUGGGCAUGGACAAAACACCGGAGGAGGAUUACACAAGCUCAGAUGGAGAUUCUGAACAGGAAGGUUCUGUCUCUGGAGACGAUGAGGAAGAGGAUGAGGAAGAGGACAUGGGAACAGGAGAGGAACCAGGGGAUUUGUUGAUGUCAGUCCACUGCGGCAACGAGUUCUGCGAUGGUAAUAAAGAGGACAGGCUCUUUGCUCAGGGACAACCUCUGGCCCCAGAGGGUGCCGAAAACCCUCAAGUUAGAAAUGAGGAGCCAGGUGAGAGUGAGAGUGAUGAGGAGGUGUCCUAUUUUGAGAGAGUCCCCAAACGUGGCAGUGAGAUGAUGACAAAAGGUGACGGGUUCGAAGAGGAUGAGCUAGAGAGGGAAGAGAAAAAGCGAGAGGACUCCUCUGAUUCUGAGUGCGAGGGCAUGAAAAUUGAGCAAGUACAAAAUGUUCUCGCUCAGUGUUUUGAGCGUGAGCUUGAAAAUCCUUGCAGAGACGUCCCAGAGAAAGCCAGUGGUGUGGAGUGUCCCGAGAUAUCAGCGCAAAAUCUGCAGGAUCUUCUUGCUGAAGUUGACGGUGAGGAGUACGUAGAGAAAAUGAAGGAUUUCUCAGAAGAGGAGCACCAAGAGGCAGGUGAGAGCUUUGCAGAUUACCCCUCAGACUUUUCUUCAUGCGAAUACGUAGAAAAUGGAGGGAAAAUUCAAGAAAGUAAUCACCAGUCCAUUGCAAAGCAGGACACCUGCCUGGAAAGAGGUGUGACAGAUGCAACGACAAUGGCAGGGGCCCAGGGCAACGAUAAGGAGGGAGAUGAGUAUCUGUACAGCAUAGAUUUAGAGGUGGAUGCUGAUAAGUUCAGGAGCCUGCAUGUGACAAAUGGAGAAAAAGACAGAGGGGAAGUAGAGAUUGGGUGUGAUGACGGAGGUGAGACGGAUGAGAGUGACUCCUACACCUCCAGUGAUGAUGAGGUCCAAGUGAGGAGAAGCGAUGAGGAAGUCCUGGAAAACAUGUGUCCACAGGGUCGCGAAAACAACACGCAACUGGAGGAGCUUCAUGGUGGGAGCACUGCAGCGUUUGCCAGAUGGAGCACAUCUGACGACUACAGAGUGGAUCCAGGAGAUUUCAACAUAAACUGGAAUCUGGACGUGUUAACAACUGAUACCCUUCUGUCUUUAGACCUGUUAACCACAGAGGACACAGACAAAGCGGAAACCCUGCUUUCAGAUGUGACUGCUGCAGAAGACGUCAACACCUACUCAGCGGUACAGAGAGAGAACACAAAAACCACAAGCCCUUCUAACCAAGGGUCUCUGGAUGACAGCUUUUUCUUCAACACCGAACUGGAGGCCUCUGAGAUCUCUGAGAUGGGACAGUUGGGAGAUGACGAGUCUGAAGAGGACAGGAACUGGGAACAAGAGCAGGAGAGAAUCAGGGCUUUCUAUGAGUUUUAUGACGACAGCGAUGGAGAGAACGGAAGAGAAGGACGGCAGAUAAAAGUUCAGUUUUGUGCAGAUCCAUUGUCUCAAAUCAUUCACUAUGAAACUGACAGCAGUGACAGAGAUUCACUCAGCAGCUCCACUGACAGGGAGGAGGAGCUGAGCUCGGCAGAAACAUCUGAGGAAUUAAGGGAGCCUGACGACACCGUGCAAAUGAAACCUGUGUGUGAUCCCCCAAAAACUCAGCUACCAGAGAAUGUGCCAGAUCUCUGCAACACACCAAACUGUACCAGGAAACACAAAUGUCUCGACCUGCUGAAGCUGACACUGAAGAUGGGUGUGGUGGUAGUGACGGGACUGAUGAUGUUCUGGUUGGCCACAGACGAGGCAGGCUGGUUCAGCCAUGUGUUCUUUUAGGGCAAAGCCUAUUUUUCUGGAAAUGUGUUCAAAUGCUUAUAGAUGAUGAAAGAAAAAUCCAAAAUGACAAUAUUUUCUUGUAAAAAUGCGAUGUAAAGUCCCACACAUUCAAAUGUAUGUUCUGUUAUCUGUAAUACGCUUAAUAAAGAUUUACCAUUGUUUACAA